UCAAUAAUGAGAGUAUUAACAGUAUUUUGUGCGCUAUUCAUAGCCGUAAAUGCGGUGCCAUUUCUUAAACAAUUAGAUGAACCCUUUGAGGGCAAGACAUGGGUCGUGUUGUGCGCCAGCGCUGAUACAUGGAUCAAUUAUGGCAUGCCGGCCGACAUAUACCACGCUUACCACGUGAUCAAAGAUCAUGGUAUACCCGAUGAAAACAUAAUUGUCAUGCAUUACGACGACAUCGCCCAACACCCCCAAAAUCCCAGCCCCGGUAUUGUUAUUAACAGACCCGACGGACCCGAUGUGUACUACGGAGUGCCCAAACAUUACAUCAGUAAAGAUGUCACACCCAAGAACUUUUUAGGCGUAAUAAGCGGCGAUCCGGAGCUUAAGAAGCAGGGUAAAAAGGUGGUGGAAAGCGGACCUAAUGACCGCAUUUUUGUCUAUUUGGAAGACCAUGGUGCUAAAGAGGUGGUCUCAUUCCCAACUGGUGGCAUGCUACACGCCAAGGAACUCAACCAAGUGCUAACUAAAAUGCACACCGACAAGAAAUUCGCCAAGCUCGUUAUUUAUAUAGACGCUUGCGAGUCAGGCUCAAUGUUUGAUAAACUACUGCCUAAUGAUAUUAAUGUAUACGCCGUGUCGGCUACAAAACCUGAUGAGCUCGGUUGGAAAGCAUACCAUGAAAAAACCAAGUACUUUACUUAUUUAGCGCUGGCGCACAACACGACCCAUGUCUUGCCCUCAAAGGGUUCAUUGUGCGAACAGGCUGAUCUGACCAAGGAAAGUGUCGAGGCACAAUACCAGUACCUUAAAGAGCACAAUAACUUUACCAUGGACGGUGAGCUGCACACGCAACACGCACAGGAGUAUGGAGAUUUGACCAUCGCUAAGAACGAGCAUGUGGGACAAUAUAUGGGUGAUAAGAAAAUAAUCAACAGCGUUAAUACUGUCCAACCCGAGCCGACCGGAUUUUCACUAUCACGUGACGCGGCUAUAAAUAUUGUAAAACAUAAGAUUGAGGCCACAGAUGAUGCUGAAAUGAAACAAGCCUAUAUUGAGGAAUUGAUGGGAUAUUUAUCGCGACGAGAAGUGUUGGACAAACAGAUUGAGGAAUACGUGAAUACUUUGCCGGGAAUUGAGGCCAAUGUUGUACUCAAUGAGAAACUAGAGCUCAACAAUAGAGAGUGUUAUAUAAAACUGGUCGACACUUUCUAUGAUAAGUGCUAUAAUAUCGGAGAGAAUACGUAUGCAUUGAAUAAAAUGCACGUUUUUGUCAAUAUAUGCGAAUCGAGUGCUGCGGAUAUCGCUGUCAACAGUUUGUCCCAAUUUUGUGAUCGACUCGUUAAGCCCAGUGAACUAUUGGUAAUAGCCGUAAACGCUGUACCAAUUGAUGAACACUUAAAUGACAAUGAGUUUAAGGGCACAAAAUGGGUUGUAUUGGUUGCCGGCGCUCCGGGUUGGGGCGAUUAUGCCAGUCAGUCAAGUGUAUACCACGCCUACCAAGUUGUUCACGCGAACGGCAUACCCGAUGAAAACAUCAUAGUGUUUCACCCUGAUGAUAUUGCCAACAACAGCCUUAACCCUACACCGGGUAAAAUUAUUGAUCAUCCCUGCGGCGAUGAUGUCUAUCACGGAGUGCCUAAGGAUUAUACCGGCAAUGAUGUCAACCCUACUACAUUUAUCAACGUUUUAAAAGGUAGCCAAGAGUUGGCAAGUAAAGGCAAAAAGGUGCUCAAUAGUGGCCCCAAUGAUCACGUGUUUAUAUAUUUUCUUGAUCAUGGUGCAGAUGAGAUAAUCCUAUUUCAACGCAAGUAUUUACACGCAAAGGACUUAAAUGAUGCCUUAAUAGAGAUGCACCAAAACAAACGGUUCGGAAAACUAGUGUUUUAUUUGGAGGCCUGCGAAUCAGGCUCGAUGUUUAACAAGCUAUUACCAAAAGAUAUCAAUGUAUACGCCAUUACUUCAUCAACACCCACAAAAAUGAGCGGCAAAAUGUACCCGGAUAAAUACUAUCACACUACCAUAGGUAGCUUCUUUGCUCACUACUGGCUUUUGAACGACGAGCAAGCUGAUUUAAACAAAGAGACCCUGCAGCAACAAUUUGAUUACAUAUAUAAAUGGACAAACACACCUGGUCAGGUGGAUGCCGAAAAUUUUACCCAACAGGCGCAGCAAUAUGAUAUACCGAAGAAUUAAAAAGUUUGUUAAAUGAGAGACAAUACGUGGACAAACAUAUGACUGAAUACGUGAAUAGUAUUCAACACUUACUGACAGUCGAUAGCAAUGCUAUUCUAAACACUAAACAAGAGCUCAAUAAUAGGGAAUGUUAUCGAAAACUCGUUGUUAAUUCUCACGAUAACUGCUUUAAUAUGAAUCAAAAUCCAUACGUUUUGGGAAAACUAUAUAUAUUUGUGAAUAUAUGCGAAGAAAUGCGUGAAUCGAGUGAUGCGGACAUCAAUGCUGUCAACCAAUUGCUGAUACAAUACUGUCAACAAAGUGUUGAACACAAAUACUCAC